UGUUACCGAAAAAGGAAUUAUAAAUGGAAGAUGAAAGGGGUGAUAAUUAAAGCAUUAAUGAAUGGAUUGGUUGAAAAGUUGUUUUGUUGUUAUCCAAGUUGAGGCAGGGAGAUGUAGCAGUGGUGGUAUUUAGUGGGAACCACAGAAUGUCACUUUUGGGUUUGAAAAAUGACAGGCGAGGGAGGGAAAGGGUCGGGUUAUGCAGUUGUGGUAGUCGUGGACUGCAUUCUUACCUUGCCUUUCACUAACCCAACCCAAGAAGCUGAGCCAUCUUUAAUUCUAACCAUGUCAGAUAAAGUAAAUGGGUUGCCCGAGGACCAAGCGUGGCAAGAGCUGAAGCUUCCAGAAUUGCUCAACAGUGAUGCUGUAAGAGAAAUCCAUGCAACCAUUGAAAAAGAAUGGGAUUUCCUUAAGAGGUCAGCUUGCCAAACUGCUGCGGGAAGGGCUCUGUGGAAGCAUGCCAUCCAUGAUCCACUCGCUGAUUUACUGGCAGGGGAGACUUACCUCAGAAACCUCCAUGAAAAGAUCAAGAACGACCGCCUCAACAAUGCUCGUGAAAUUUCUGGAGUCAUUCUUGCAGUACGAACCCUCUGGUUUGAUUCUAGGCUAGAAGAUGCCCUCAAUUCCCCUACUGCCAGAGCAGCUCAGGUUGUUCUCCUUGGCGCAGGAAUGGACACGAGAGCAUAUCGUUUGAGUUGCUUGAAGGACAGUGAUGUGUAUGAGGUGGACUUUUCGGGAGUGUUGGAUGUAAAGACCACUAUUUUACAAGCGGCUGCGGACUCAGCGUACGACUCGCAACAUACUAUGUCCAAAGCCAAAUCCUUAACCAGAGUAGCAGCCGACAUAAGAGAAAAUGACUGGAUGGAAAAGCUUGAGACUGCGGGAUACAUACCUCAAAAGAGCACUGUUUGGAUUCUAGAAGGUAUCAUCUACUACCUCACCCAGUCCCAAGCCAUGCAAGUGCUGAGAAUUUUGGCGAACAAAUGCGCCUUAGCACACACAGUCCUUUUAGCAGACUUCAUGAAUAAGCCAUCAACCACUCUAUCCAAUUCAGUCUUCCAAUUUUACAGCGAUUGGCCAGACCAUCUAUUGCCAUCCCUAGGGUUCACUAAUGUAAAACUUUCACAAAUUGGAGACCCAGAUGCCCAUUUUGGUCUCUUAAAUGAUCCAUUAAAUCUCUUCAACAGGCUCCGCAGUUUGCCCAGAUCGCUACAAACCAAUCCAGACGAUGGAAAGCCAUGCUGCCGAUUGUACUUGGUGGAAGCUUCUGGUUCACCUGAUCAAAAUGUUUCACAUAAUGGACCAAACACUCAGGCUUGAUAUGCAUAACCCUGUCUCAAAUUCACGUCCAAUCGUAAUCUUGUGAAGAUGUAUCCUCCUCAUUAAUUGUAUUGUACAAUUGGCACAUGGGAAGUAGGUAUCACAUUUUUAUUUGCAAAUUUGCCAACAAUUGUUGGCCCAUAUAUGACGUCGCUCCUAUAAUUUAUGUUCUACACCUUCGGCGAAGUACCACAGGGCCAACAAUAAAUAACCUCAGGACCUAGGUAAAUUAAUUCUGCCUUUUUUUCUAUUUCCAGUUCUUGAUGGAAGAAUUCAACUCUCUUAUGUGCGUAAAAUGAUGAAAAUAAUGCAGCUAAAUAAAUAAUGCAGUUAUUAAUAUCCGUAUUUGGUAUUACUAUUUAGCAAAUACACGUCAAUUACUCCAGCCCCAAAUCAAAAUCCGAUUUUUCACUCAACAAAACUGAAACAACAAAUAAAUAAUGUUCAGAGCAUUUUUUUUAAAUAA